CUUUGUUAGUCUUGAGCUCCUGUACUUCAUAAUCAGCAUUUAGUCCCUUCCUACAGUGAAAUACAUACGGUGAAGCUGUUGAGCUAGUUAUCAGUUCUCAGACAGCUGCAAAACAUGGAUAACCAGAUUGAAAUUCCAGUUGAAAGUCUAAUUCCAAAUACCAAUGCCAAUGCACAUCUGACUGAUCAUCAAAGAAGAGUAAACACAUUACACAAAGCUGCUCUAAAAGGUGAUUGGAAAGCUGCUGAAAGAACUGUGAGUUUGGACAAAAAUAUAGCUUGGAAUAUUAAGAUAACAAAAGAAGGAAAUACAGCUCUUCACAUAGCUGUGUCAGCCAAGCAAACUGCUUUUGUCCGCAAUCUAGUCGAAUGCUUGAAAGAAAGUGAACUGGAAUUGAAGAAUGAAUAUGGAUAUACAGCUUUCUGUACUGCAGCUGUAUCAGGAGUCGUUGAAAUUGCGAAGGUCAUGUACCAUAAAAACAAGAAUUUGCCAACAAUUCGAAGUAAAAGUGGAUAUAACCCAGUUAGAAGUAAAAGCGGAUACACACCACUUAAAAUUGCAAUUUGGUUCAGAAACACAGAAAUGGCUGAAUAUCUUUACCCAAUUACACCUCUUGCAUAUCUCGGAGACAAGGAAUAUAUGGAUAUUCUUGUAGAAGCGAUCCGUGCUGACAUGUAUGGUAUGAAAUCCUUUUAUUUUAAAGAGACUCACAUAAAAUUAUGUUUCUUCUUUGUUCAACUCACUAAAUAG